UUAACCUCUUACACAAUCCUGUCUUUCUUCAUUCUGCUUGCAUCUAGCUUGUGUGCAGUUGUCUACGCGUUUCUCCCUUUUUAAUUUUGUUUUUAGUAAUACAAGGCCUAAGAAAUGAGUGGGGACCGUUCCCAUAAUGAGGACCAGGUCGACUAUGCCUCUCUGGUUAAUGACUCCCAUAAGCAUAGAGACAAGUACAAAGACAAGGAAUAUAAACAUAAGGACCACAAGAAGGACAGGGAGAAAUCAAAGCAUGGCAACAGUGACUACAAGGACAUGGAGAAAAAAUACAAGGAAAAGGAGAAAAUGAAGCACAAAGAUGGCAGCACAGACAAACACAAAGACAAGCACAAGGAAAAGAGGAAAGAGGAGAAGAUCAAGUCCCUUGAUGGUAAAAUCAAGAAGGAAAAAGAAAAUGGCUUUGUCAGCCCACCACAUGUGAAACAUGAGCCAGAGGAUGAUUACCACUCGCCUAAAUAUGAGAAGUCUCUAAAGAGAGAAAGAGAUGAUGAUUAUGAAGCUGAAUUCAAGCCUAAAAAGAUAAAGACUGAAAAUGAUAAGAAGGUCAAGAAAAGGAAACAGGAGGAGGACAUUAAGCCCAAAAAAACAAAAAGUAAAAAAGGAGAAGCAACUGAUGGGAAGAAGAAAGCAAAGCAAGAACCAGAGGAGAAGUGGAAAUGGUGGGAAGAAGAGAGAUACACUGAUGGUGUCAAAUGGAAGUUCCUGGAACACAAAGGGCCUGUGUUUGCUCCACCCUAUGAACCCCUGCCUAGCAACGUCAAAUUUUAUUAUGAUGGUAAACCCAUGAAGCUGAACCCAGAAGCGGAAGAAGUGGCAACAUUCUUUGCCAAAAUGUUGGACCAUGAGUACACUACCAAGGAUAUUUUCCGUAAAAAUUUCUUUAAGGAUUGGAGAAAGGAAAUGACUGCUGAAGAAAAAUCCACAAUCACAGACCUGAAGAAGUGUGACUUCUCUGAGAUGAGUGACUACUUUAAGGCUCAAUCUGAGGCCAGGAAAGCCAUGACAAAAGAACAAAAACUGAAAAUAAAAGAAGAAAAUGAGCGACUUCUACACGAGUACGGUUUCUGUAUCAUGGACAACCACAAAGAGCGCAUUGCAAACUUCCGUAUCGAGCCGCCCGGCCUGUUUCGUGGUCGAGGAGACCAUCCUAAAAUGGGAAUGCUUAAACGGCGCAUUAGGCCUCAGGAUAUCAUCAUCAACUGCAGCAAGGACUCCAAGUAUCCCACGCCUCCUCCAGGCACUAAAUGGAAAGAAGUUCGCCAUGACAACAAAGUAACUUGGCUGGUUUCAUGGACGGAGAACAUUCAAGGCUCCAUCAAGUACAUUAUGUUGAACCCCAGUUCCAGAAUCAAGGGAGAGAAGGAUUGGCAGAAGUAUGAAACGGCACGUCGACUGAAGAAGUGUGUGGACCGUCUCAGAGCACAGUAUCGUGAAGACUGGAAGUCCAAGGAGAUGAGGAUCAGACAAAGGGCUGUGGCGCUUUACUUCAUUGACAAGCUGGCUCUGAGAGCGGGGAAUGAGAAGGAAGAAGGAGAGACUGCAGAUACGGUGGGCUGCUGCUCUCUGAGAGUCGAACAUCUCAAACUGUACCCAGAAAGUGAAGGUCAGGAGUACGUGGUGGAGUUCGACUUCCUGGGUAAAGACUCGAUCCGCUACUACAACAGAGUCCCUGUGGAGAAAAGGGUGUUCAAGAACCUUCAGUUGUUCAUGGAGAACAAAGAGCCCGAUGAUGACCUUUUUGACCGUCUAAAUACUUCUAUUCUGAACAAGCAUCUUCAGGAGCUGAUGGACGGUCUUACGGCUAAAGUUUUCCGUACAUACAACGCUUCAAUAACCCUGCAGCAACAACUGAAGGAGCUCACUAAUGCGGAAGACAACAUUCCAGCUAAGAUCUUGUCCUACAACAGGGCCAACAGGGCUGUGGCCAUCCUGUGUAACCACCAGAGAGCUCCCCCGAAGACUUUUGAGAAGUCGAUGCAGAACCUGCAGACUAAGAUCGAUGCCAAGAAGGACCAGCUUUCUGAUGCCAAGAGAGAACUGAAGAGCGCCAAGGCUGAUGCCAAAGUACGGAAAGAUGAAAAAUCCAAAAAGGCAGUAGAAACCAAGAGAAAAGCUGUUCAGAGGAUAGAGGAGCAGCUGAUGAAGCUGGAGGUUCAGGCAACUGAUCGUGAAGAGAACAAGCAGAUUGCCCUCGGGACAUCCAAACUCAACUAUUUGGACCCACGCAUUUCUGUGGCCUGGUGUAAGAAAUGGGGUGUUCCCAUUGAGAAGAUCUACAAUAAAACUCAGCGUGAGAAGUUUGCUUGGGCCAUUGACAUGGCUGACAAAGACUAUGAAUUUUAAAUCGUACUUUAUUUAUCUAUGAUGAACGUUUUUUAUUGAAUACUUGUGUUUUUUAGCCUUCAUAAAUGUCGCUCAAUGGCCAGAACCUACAAGGAGUUUGUUCAGGGAAAAAUGAAAGAAGAGAGGCCAUUUUGACAUUUCUGUGGAUAGUCCAAAACAUAUGACCCAACGUCGGGUAUGAAGACUGAACUGCAUCCACAAUGGAGAGUUGAGGCGUAGUCCCAAUAAAUGGAAGACUCCUUGACGUUUCCCCUCUGUCCCCCCUCAGGGACAAAACUUGACAGCGCUUUGAAUUCUGUGGUCCUUUCGCUACUGUGUUACGCAAAAAAAAAACCCAAAAUGCUUUGUACCAUUUUAUUUUUUUCGUUGACUCGUUCUGUAUUUUAGCCCUCACAUGUAUUAUUGAUGAAGUCUAUAUUUUGUUAGAAAGUAAAAUGAAAAGAAAUCCUUAACUACACCCAUGCGCCUUCAAAGAAAGUGGAAACGUGUGUGUGCGUGUGUGUGUGUGUCUGAGGCUUGACGGCGUGGAAGCUGUCUGGGUGAAUAUUUUAAACUGGACUAUGCUGAAAUGUUGAGAAAUAGGAUGUCUGAGCAGGCAAAGAGGGGAAAUAUUGCAACCAUGUCAAUAUUGAGUCUGGUGGCAGAAUGUGAAUAUGUUAUUUUACAGUUUCUAUCAGGGACUUUUUGUUACUUCACUGUAAAUGUGAACUCAUUUUAUUUUAUUUCCCUCUGAUGCAAGCGUUCUCUCAAUCUCUGCAUAUGUCUGAUUUCAAGGUAGUUUAGCAGUUCGGUGAAACUCAAGCUCAUCUCCUAAUUGAACACAAUGGAUUUAAAGUUUGUAAAUGAAAUGUCUACCACCAACCCCCCCGAAAAGUUCCCCAUUAGUUAGGAAACUAAUCGGGAAGAAAAGUCACAAGCUGUUACAAUUAAAACUUGCCUGCACUGUGUGACUAAGAAUGAUGUAACAUUUAAUGUGAAUUAUCAUUUUUUUUUCCCACUCUGUCCCACUUACGAUAGGAAAGUUGAUGUAAGCUGCUGUAAAGUCAACAUCCUAUUUCUGUUUUACCUUUUUAUGUCAUAGCCUUUGAUCAUGUUUUUGAAUUUUAAACUCAUCGUAGGUUGGAAAAAAAAAAUAAAAUCUUACAAAUUAA